UGAACCCAAGUCAUGAGUUGGAUGUUCCUCAGGGACCUCCUAACUGGAGUAAACAAAUACUCAACCGGGAUUGGGCGGAUUUGGCUCACUGUUGUGUUCAUCUUCCGUUUGCUGGUCUACAUGGUGGCAGCAGAGCAUGUGUGGAAAAAUGAGCAGAAAGAGUUUGAGUGCAACGUUAAACAGCCUGGUUGUGAAAAUGUGUGUUUUGAUCACUUCUUCCCCAUCUCCCAGGUCAGACUUUGGGCCUUACAACUGGUCAUGGUCUCCACGCCUUCACUUCUGGUGGUUCUACAUGUAGCCUAUCGUGAGGGUAGAGAGAAAAGGCACAGAAAGAAACUCUAUGUCAGCCCAGGUAUGAUGGAUGUGGGCCUGUGGUACACUUACCUUAUCAGCCUUAUUCUUAAAACUGGUUUUGAAAUUGGCUUCCUGGCUUUAUUUUACAAACUAUAUGACGGCUUUAGUGUUCCCUACCUUAUGAAGUGUGAUUUGAAGCCUUGUCCCAACACUGUGGACUGCUUCAUAUCCAAACCCACCGAGAAAACGAUCUUCAUACUCUUCUUGGUUAUUACCUCAUGCCUGUGCAUUAUGUUGAAUUUCAUUGAACUGAGCUUUUUGGUUCUCAAGUGCCUUAUUAAGUGCUGUCUCCAAAAAUACUCUAAAAGACUCAAGUCCUCAGCAUGUGAGUGCCACAACCUCAGAUAUGUUGAAUGUGGUGAGAUAGGGGCUCCUCCCCUACUCCAGAAUCGCCAUGCAGAUUUGGCCAUGAGCUCACCCCAGCGAGGUGAAACAAAGCUGCUUUUUGAUGCACAAGAGGGUUAGACAAGGAGAACCUGCAUCCUUUCUAAGCAAGAUCUGGGCUACAUUGGAACACAAAGGGCGUCAGCCUUUAUGUCAUUUGGGACAUUUUUUAAAAUUUUCAGUAUGUGCUCAGUUGUAUACACUAGACAGAGAUCUCAUUGUUGCAGGAUUCAAGUAUGUAUGCGAGUUGUGUUUGAAUAGUUAAUUGCAAAUUAGUCUGAAGAAAUUCAAAAGGCAGCAUUCUUUUAA